UUCUUAUAAUUCGAGUAUUGAAUUGAAAAUGAGGACGUUUAUGAUACUACUUCUUUACUGGGCAGCGUCUCUGUCUGCAGUGAAGCACUCUCUGAAGUAUUUCUACACUGCAUCCUCUCAAGUCCCAAACUUCCCAGAGUUCGUGGUUGUUGGGAUGGUUGAUGAAGUUCAGAUGGUUCAGUUUGACAGCAACACCAUGAAAGCUGUGUCCAAACAGGACUGGAUGAACAGAAAUAUAGAUGAGCAGUACUGGGAGAGAGAGACUGGGGGCUUUGUAAGUGCCCAGCAGGUGUUCAAAGCCAACAUUGAAAUUGCAAAGCAGCGCUUCAACCAAACUGGAGGUGUUCACAUUGUCCAGCGGAUGUACGGCUGUGAAUGGGACGAUGAGACGAAUGAGGUGGACGGAUAUGAGCAGUUUGGUUAUGAUGGAGAAGACUUCAUAAUAUUUGACCUGCAGACAGAGACGUGGGUCGCUCCAAAACAACAGGCUGUGGUGACCAAACACAAGUGGGACAGUAACAAAGCUUUUAUAACCAGUGUGAAGAACUAUUACACUCAGAUUUGUCCUGAGUGGCUGAAGAAGUAUCUGAACUAUGGGAGGAGCUCUUUAAUGAGAACAGUUCCUCCUUCAGUGUCUCUCCUCCAGAAGUCUUCCUCCUCUGCCAUCAGCUGCCACGCUACAGGUUUCUAUCCUGACAGAGCCGAGAUGAUGUGGACGAAAGAUGGAGAGGAGACUCAUGAGGGUGUGGAGAUAGGAGAGAUCCUCACCAACAAUGAUGGGACCUUCCAGAUGAGUGUUAACCUGGAUCUGAGAUCUGUUCCAGCUGAAGACUGGAGGAGGUACGACUGUGUGUUUCAGUUCUCUGGUAUAAAUGAAAACGUCACCACCACACUGGAUAAAACAGCCAUCAGGACAAAUGAAGGUAAGAAUAUGAUCAGAAAUGAUGAAGAUGUGUU